AUGGGGCAGGAUGGGGCGCUUAAAACUCAACUCAUGACAUGGUGCAGGAAACAGAGAAUUAAUCAAAUGGCGUUGGAUGUUUGCGGCAGGUUAUGGUCAUUUGACCUUAACCAAGAACCUGAGUGUGACCGAAACACAUUCAUUGAAGAAAGCGGUGGUUCAAUAGGAGGACACGAAGAUGAGGAGGCAGAUGAAUUGGUGGGCGCAAUAGGCGUGGAUGACGUAAUGAAAUUAACAUUUGACACGGAAGAAGAAGCUGGGAAAUUCUAUAAUUUGUAUGCGAAACUAAGCGGAUUUGGGAUUCGUAAAAGUAAUGCCAAACGAGAUGCAGAUGGCAUUUCAAGAUUUAGAAAAUGGGUAUGUUGCUGUGAAGGUUACAGGAAUGAAAAGUGGUUUAAUUAUGAAGACCGGAAAAGAGAAGCAAAACCAAUCACAAGAACCGGGUGUGGGGCUUGCUUUCGCGUGAAAUAUGACAUAGAAUCGGUAAAGUAUGUGGUGACACGUUUCAUUAUGGAGCACAAUCACCCACUGGCAUCAGAGGCAAGUGUGCAACACAUUAGGUCGCAUAGAAAAGUGAGCGAUGCAGAAUAUGCGCAGGCAAAAAGUCUAAAGUUGGUUGGGGCCAGAAUAUGCCAGAUAAUGAAACAUUUUGUUAUCAAAGCCGGAGGGUAUAGUAACGUGGGAUUUUGCAUUAAGGAUUUGUAUAACCGAAUGGACGAGGAACGUAGAAAAGAUAUUUUUAAUGGCGAUGCAGAAGGGGCACUUGGGUUCUUGGCAGCGAAGAAGGAUGCCGAUGACAUGUUCUUUUAUAAAUAUCAUGUAGAUAACGAAGGAAGAUUGGCAAUGUUGUUUUGGGCAGAUUCUAAAUCUCGUGCGGACUUCAGUGUAUUUGGAGAUGUAUUGGUGUUUGAUACAACAUACAAAACAAAUAAAUACCGCAAGCCACUAGUUGUACUUGUAGGGGUAAACAACCAUUUGAAUAGUACUGUUUUUGGCUGUGCACUGCUAUCAGAUGAGAGGAUUGAAACAUAUGAAUGGGUGCUAAGUACAUUUGUAGAGGCUAUGAAAGGUAGAAAGCCAGUAGCAGUGAUGACAGAUGGGGACAGUGCAAUGAGAAGAGCUAUAAAGAAUCUUCUCCCGGAUGCUUGUCACAGGCUAUGUUCGUGGCACUUGCAUAGAAAUGCACGGAGUAAUAUUCGCUGCGAGGAGUUUAAUAACAGGUUCUAUAACCUGAUGGCGAGAAAGUGUAGCACUCUUGAGUUUGAGGAUCGGUGGGCUAGGUUGGUUAAUGAAUGUGGGGUGGUAGAGAAUGAGUGGGUGAAGAAAUUGUACCGUAGGAGAAGGUUAUGGGCAGAGGCCUAUUUACGCGGUCAUUUUUUUGCAGGUAUGAGAAGUACUCAAAGGUGUGAGAAAAUGAAUGCUUUUUUGAACGAGUACUUGAAUGAAAAAAUGCGACUAUAUGAAUUCGUUAGAAGUUUUGAUUUGGCAAUAGCAUGGCUUCGACAUACCGAGAGCAAAGCAGUUCACACAAGCGAAAACACAAAACCAGUCUUAACCACAAUCCUGCCCGAAUUAGAGGGGAGCGCAGCGGAGGUGUUUACAAGGAAUGUGUUCUUCAUGGUGAGGAAGCAUUUGAACAGGCAAGGACUUCUAAUUUCUGAGGGCUGGAGCGAGGAUGGAGGGAAUCGUACAUAUUAUUACUCGAAAUAUGGUGGACACGAAAUAAGUUGGAGGGUGGAUUAUGAUAGGUCAAUGGAGAAGCUAAUCUGCUCUUGCAUGAAAUUCGAGUCAAAGGGGAUUCCUUGUGCUCACAUGUUUCGCGUGAUGGUGGUAGAAGGAAUGAACAGGAUCCCAGAAGCAUGCAUUUCGAAGCGGUGGACAAAGGGAGUUCACUGUAGUAAUAAUGGAAUGAAAGAAUUUGUUGCAGACGAACAGCUGACACAAAUGGCCAGAUAUGGCACUUUAAAGUCCAGCUGUAAUACUAUGUGUUACUAUGCCUCCUACAUGGAUGAUGCGUUUAAUGACCUGCAACAGAUGUUUGACAAGCAUUCUGUGGACCUAAAGGAGAAGUGGAUUGAUAGGGGAUAUGGGGGAGAUGGAUUUGCAAUGGAUUCAAGAGUGAGGAACGAUAGAAGUAGAAGAACAUUCGGGCUGUUAGAUCUUAGGGUGUCCCGGUGUAAAGGUGAUCACAAGCAUGCAGAAGCAAAGAAGAAAAGAAAGUGUGGUCAUUGCUGGUACUAUCGGAAUUGCAUACUCACAAAUGAUUUGACAUGUGAUAUAUGGGUUGAAGAUUGCAGGCAGGCCACAACCAACAAAAAUGCCCAUACAAAAAGAAUUCGCACAACACAGCAGUUGAUGAUGAUUAUAUGGAAAACUGUUUGGAUGACUCGCUGGAAAAAUCAUUUGAAAUUGGUACGGGCUGCAGCAACUCAGGCGAAUGGAGAGGACAAGCAUUUGUACCACAACCAUUCGGUAGCGGUGGAAGGGACACAGGUGGCCAACAAAGAAGUCCAGGAGAAAGAUGAGGCACUACUGUUGUGA